ACAUCAAGCCGCUCCGUCUGUCGAGGGUCCUCCAGGAAUGCACUGUCGGGCUCUAUUCUGGCUGCAUGCUCUGGUGGCUGCAGCAUUCGCACAAACAAACCAGUCGCUUCCGCUCCUGCGAUUUGGGCUGUUGGCUCCACUUGCGAUCAACACCAUAAAUGCAACCUCGCUCACCGCCUAUUACGUGGGCUAUGUGGGGUUGGAAGUGGCUCUGAUGGAGGCAGGGAUGGCCGCCGCGGUCAACUAUGUCAACUCCAGAACCGAUAUACUCUCUGGAGCAGUAAGUUGAUGCUCCGGGCCAAGUGCGGUUCCGCGAUGGCUUCGACGCACGGGGUCCUCACUCUCUAAAGCAAGAGGAUGUAUCACUGACACUCGAGAUGUGGAAAAGUACAUUGUUUCCACGGCGGUUGAUUCAUUUGGGAGCGCCGGACAGGG